AAUCCUAACCUAACUUUGUCUUCAGUUCCGAUCAUUUUAGGUUAGAUUUCUGAUUAGUUAUUAUUUUCUAAAAUGUUUACAUUCAUUCUUUCAUAUUUUGACUAUAUUAUUUAGCCUACACUUGGCAUAAUAGUUAUCUUGCACCUGCAAAAUUUAGGCUAUCUAAACUGCUUCAAUAUGAAUAUUUCAAAUAGGAUAUCAAACUUGUUCAUUGUUCGGAAAUUCAGUAUGUCAACAGUAGAUUACAAAGGGUAUAACAAUAGUAAUUUUCUUGCAAAUCGAGAAGGAAGAAUGAUGAACAAGAUCAUGUCUGGCAGAAAAAAUAAACCAAAUAGCAAGAGAUACUACCCGGACAUUGACAUGCCCAAUGUUGGAGGAACGACAAAUUUUUUUGAUUUUGUUGGAAAACAGUCAGGAUCUUCAAAGCCUCAAAAAAGACUCGUUGUCUUGAAUAAAAUGCUCAUGAGAAAUAUAAGCGACAUUUUAUCCACUGGUGAACUAAGCUCCACUCUCCAUGGUACAGGUCUUCAUUUAUCAAAGGUGGCCAUUUCUCCGACUUUGAACCAGAUCAAUGUUCAUUGGCUCGCUGAUGGAAACGAGGAAGCAGACAACGAGACAACGAAGCGCUUAGCCGAAAUUGCGCCUGAGUUGCGCCAUAGUCUCUCGCAGCUCAGCCUCAUGGGAUCGAUACCGAAAAUCGAAUUCGUUAAAGACUGCAAGUACUUGAAGUUCAUAGCAGUGGAAAAUUUGCUAAAAAAAGCUGAUUUCGGAGAAGACUUUGAACCGACUCCAUUAGCCAAUGACUGGAAAUCGCAAAAAGUUCUGGAAAAAUCUAUUCCUGAUCAUUUAAAG